AUGAAUAGAUACCAGGACAAAAUAGGCUGUUUCGUUCACAUCCCGAACGUUGGCCGAGGACAGCUGAAAUACAUAGGACCGGUCGAUACGAAACCUGGGAUAUAUGUCGGUGUUGAUUUGUUGGCUAACAUUGGCAAGAAUGAUGGUAGUUUCAGGAGCAAGCGAUAUUUCAAUACUGAGUAUCCGCAAAGCGGGCUAUUCAUUCAGCUGCAAAAGAUAGCUUCGCUACUAGAUUCUGCACAGCCGGGACAACCAACGGCGUCCCGACGAAGUACUAUGGCACCAGAUUUGACGUUCGAUUCUGCUACGCGCGUGUGGAAUCGAGUGAGCAGCUCAGAGAGCACGGAAAGCACGGUUGUCAGACGGCAGAUCUCGUCUGACCCGCUGUCCCCGACUCCAGUCAGGGGAAUGUCUGGCAACAGCGUUCUAGAGAACGGCAGUCAGUCCGGGUUGCCGAAGCAACGAACUGCGACGAGGAAUGGGAACAUCCCAGACUUGGAAGAGAACGUUGAUCAUGAGCGGGAUCUUGACAUGGUUCCUCCUUCGUCAGUGCCCGGUCGUCGAACAGGCUCAGGAGAUCCAUCGUCCCACCUUCUAAAAGAAUAUCAACACAAGAUCGAGAGACAGGAUAGAGAAAUUCUACAGUUCAAGAGAUUGCUGGACGAUCAAAGAAUGGUACUGGAGGAUAUUCAACCCACCAUUGAUCACUACGAAUCUAGUCUGCGAGAAAUGGAGAAAGAAAUGGACACACUGCGGCGUCGACUGAAGAUAGAACAGGAACAACAACAGAAACAAAAACAGUUUUUCGAAACCGAACAUGAACAACUGUUGGCGGUGGUAGAGGAGCUGCAUGAAGAAAUCAAAGCUAACGAAGAGAGAGUAAUAAUGGCUCAAACGAGCCAAAAUAAUGGUUCCGAAUCAGUGCCGCAGCUUAGAAAGACAAUCAGCGAGCUGAUGGAGAGAGUUAACUUUUUGGAGGCGGCUCAGACGAAAUGGCUUAAGGAAAAAGAACAGUUGAAACUGCAGAACGAAUCUCUGAGCAAAGAGUACAGCUCCUUGAGCGGCGAGUAUCUUAGGGCUCAAGGUAAUAGCCAUGCUAACGUGGAUGCGGAUACGCAGAUGCUUCAACAAAAGCUUUACAACGCCAAUGUGAAGAUUGCGCAACUGGAGGACCUUUUGCAACAGCAGAGACAUAUGAGAUCGCCGACUUAUCGAGAUGACACAAAUAUUCACAAUUACCGCUCGGACACUGUCGAUUCCUUAGCGCUUUCAAGAUCCAAGACAAAGAUAGAAGCCGCAGCCGGCAAAGAAGCAUGGUGCGCGUUAUGUGAGAGAGAUGGCCACCAGAGCAUCGAGUGUCCCAACGAACUUCCACUGGCCUCCGAAAGGCAAGAGGACCUGCGCUCGCCGUCGAACGAUCAGCUUCUUUUCUAG